AUGGGCGUCAAGCAAAUAUUCACCGAGUCAACAUUCGGCACAUAUAUCACGGCAAUCAGAGAAUCGCCUCGAGAGUUGAUCUCCAACCACAAACUCUUGCUUACUGCAGCGCUCUAUGCCACGAGUGGCAUCCCAAUCACAUGGGACCAAGGCUCUUCAUCAGUCGUGCCCUCUCUUCCGGGCUUCCAGAAUGAUUUUGGCAUUACCUCGGCCACGAAUCCUACCCAGGUUUCCAACUUCAUAUCUUUUGUCUAUAUUGGGGCCGGAAUAGGUGCCGGUCUCUCGUUCUUUCUCAAUGAUCGCAUCGGCCGAAUGUGGGCUUAUCGUCUGUACAUGACCAUCUGGAUCGUCGGACAAAUCAUUGCUACGGUCUCCAUGGGCAAUCUUGGAGUAUUGUACUUCGCCCGUAUAGUCUCAGGUCUGGGCAUUGGCGCACUCACUGUCACCGGGCCGGUGAGCAUUGUUGAGAUCGCCCCGACGGAGAUCCGGGGCCUGUUGGCAGUUUGGUUCAGCGUUGCGAUGCUGCUCUCCUUGACUGUGUCGGUCUUUACUGUCUAUGCCAGCUUUCUUCACGUGGCAAUCGGUCGGAUGCAAUAUCAAGUCGUCUUUUUUGCUCCGACUAUUGUCAUGGCGCUCUUCAUCAUGGCAAGUUUCUUGCUUUACGAGAGUCCUCGUUGGCUAUUCAUUGCCAGACGUGAAAAGGAGGCAACCCAAAAUUUGGUGGCUCUUCGAGGAUUGCCCAUCCAUCACCCUCGGGUAGCCCGUGAGGUUGAAGACAUCAAAGAACAGAUCGUCAAGGAGGAAGAGAAAUUCGGACGCAACCCCAGCUUUGUCGUCCUGAUAAAGGAUGCUUUUUUGGUCCCCUCGAACCUUCGACGUGUCCAACAGUCUGUUCUCUCUUAUGCGCUUGCGCAGUUAUCUGGAGCUAACAGCGUGACGUCUUACUUGGUUCCCAUUCUCAGUAUGCUUGGGCUCGGUGGCGGCACUGAUCGCAGCUUGUUCCUUAGCGGCAUGUAUAGUAUGGCGAAGUUCUUUUUCACUCUGAUCGCUAGCUUCUUCUUUAUCGAUGCACUCGGACGCCGUCGCAGCUUGUUCACAGGCAUCACCAUUCAGAUGAUUUCUGAUCUAUACAUUGGUAUCUUCAUCAAAUAUCGACAGGAGGGCUCAGUUGCGCCCGGCUCAAGUCAGGCUGCCAUCGCGGCUAUAUUUAUCCACGGUUUUGGAUACGCUGUUGGUGAGUAG